CGUUUUCGUCUGUUUCUGCUCCUGCUGGCAGCCCGAGCAAGUUCAACACGAAACAUUCUUUACGGAUUCGCGCACCCCUUCUCGAUUCGUCAGUGGGGUUGUGGUGAGGUACGAGAGCGGUAUCCCAUGAGCUUCAGGGCCCGGGGCCACCGGCAGGCCAGCUGAGAAGAAGAGACAAAGGGCGCGGACCAUCCUUGGACAUGCCCUGCCAGCAUACAGCGGACCAGCUCCAAUAAGAGGCCUGUUCACCUUUCCCCCCCCUGCCUCGUCAUGGACGGCGAAGACUCGGGCGGUGCUCAGGCUCCGUUGCGGGCCGGCGAGGAGGCCGACGUGCGCAGUCCCUACAUGUCCGAGGUGGACGCGGCCGUGGCCGGAUGGCUGAAAGCCCACGAGUGCGGUGCCCUGACCCCCGAAGUGUUGCGCGCGUUCUGGGCGACGCAUGUGCCUCCGCUGCUGAGCCCGCCGCUCAACUGCCGCCCCCUGCAGCUAGCCUAUGAUGAGGCUACGCUGCGCAGGACGCUACUGGACUCGCUCGAGAGGUUCGUUUGCGGGACUUCGGAUCCUCGGGGCUACUUCGAAGAGCUCCGUCGGAUGGAGUCGCCUCCAACGUUGUGUGGCCGGGUUUUCAAGUCUGGCGAGCCAACGUACUCCUGUCGAGACUGCGGUCUCGACCCUACCUGUGUCCUCUGUGUUGACUGCUUCAAGAGCAGUGAGCACAAGAACCACAAGUACAAGAUGAGCAUGAGCUGCGGUGGCGGCUACUGUGACUGUGGCGACGUUGAAGCGUGGCGCUCGUCCCCGUUUUGUGAGACUCAUGGUCGGGCCAUCAAGCAGCAGGAGGAGGUUCAGGAUGGUAGUGAACCCAACCCGCUGGACCGGCUCCCUCCGGACCUGGUGAGCCGCGUGGAGUUGGUGCUGCGGGCAGUGCUGCUCUAUUGCCACCAGAUGCUGACGUGGGGCAAGUCCACCGAGCUGCCGCCGGAUCUGGCCCAGUCAUCCGUGCCUCCCCAGCAGGAGACCUACGUCACCAUGCUGUUCAACGACGAGACGCACACCUACGAACAGGUUAUCCAGACCUUGAACAGGGCCAUCGAAUGCUCACACCGGGAGGCCAUAGAAUACGCAACCAUGGUAGACCGCGAGGGUCGCAGUGUGGUUCGAAGCUCAACUUUUCCGGAUUGCUUGCAGGUGAAGCAGACCAUCGAGAGGAUCACGUCGCGGCACGGCGGCCGUCCCCUGAGGGUUCUGGUGAUGCACUCAUCGGUUGUGGCACACCAGACGUUCGCAAUGCGGCUACUCGGCUGGCUACAGGGCUUCCUUGCGCAAUGCCAAGCGUUUCGCCUGAUUCUGAGUGACGUGAUGAUGGCGCCAACGCCCGUGGAAGGCUUUGCGCUGGUGCGCUGCAUCAUGCGCUCAGACGCGCAGCUCUGGAAGACGGCGCGUGCCCAGUGGCACCAGAUUCUCAUCGGAGGCAUGCUUAUGGACGGACGGUGCAAGCAGGACUUUGCCCGGGCAUUCACGCGCGACUACCCGGACCUGCUCAAGGAGUUUGUGGCCGAUGACCACGAGCACCCUGUCUCCAUCACAUCCCUGUCGGUGCAGAUCUUCACUGUGCCCACGCUUGCACACCUCCUCGUUGCCGAAGAAGACGCCAUUGCCGUCCUGCUCAGGGCGUUCCUGUCCGAGUGCGAGAAGCAUCGGAACCCUGAGGGCAGGCUGGCGUUCGAGCGAAACCAUGCCAACGUGGCCUUUCGGCGGGCUCAGUUUGUCCUGUACGACCUGCGCUACAUCCUGUCGGUGCCUCCUGACGUGUGGACCGACAAGCUGCGCAAAGGCUUCCUGUACGGAAUUUCGUCGCUGCUCAAUCUCCUCACCUGGAUGCAGGGAAUGGACUCUGUUGUUCGCCAGGUGGGACAGCAUGUUGAGUUUGAGGCCGAGUGGGAGACCGGCAUCAACAUCCAACUCAAGCUGGCGCCAGUCGUUGCCCUGGCCCUGGAGUGGUGCUCGCGUGACCGCGAGGUGGCCAUCAAGGCUUUGCGCAAGGCGCUCCGAGCCCUCGAAGGGGCCCAGGGUCACAUGACAGCCGUAGGGCGCGAGCUGGCCGACCACUCGGCCUCGUGCGUCGACUACGACGUCUCCACUGGCCCCGUCUCCAUCCACCUGCCCCUGUCGCGCUUUGUGGCGGGCCUGCUCCUUUGCCUGGACCGGUUUGGCCUCGGCUACGACUCUCACGAGUUCCAGUUCCGGGGCAAGCCGACACCCGAGCAGCUCAUGGAGCUCCCGCUGCGGACACAGGUGAUGGUGGCCCAGUUCCGGGCCGGGAUGUGGCGUCGCAACGGCUACUCUCUGCUCAACCAGAUUUACUUCUACCACAACGUGCGCCUCCGAAAUGAGACGUAUGACCGUGAUAUAACCCUCCUGCAGGCAGCCGCAGCGCUUCUGGAGAGCAACGAGUUCCUCAUCCACGUGCUCAACAAGUACGGGCUGCUGGCGUGGGCCUCCAACACGUACGACAGCACGCAGGAUGAGGCCAACGCCCAGCUGACUGUGACCAUCGCCGAGGAGUUCCUCGGCCUGAUACUGACGCUGGUGAGCGAGCGGAGCCUGCCUGGCGUGGGCGCGGUAACGGAGACAGACCGGCUGCAGCGCGAGGUGGUGCAGCUCCUCUGCGUGGAACCCCUGCCGCACAGCCAGCUGGUAAAGCUGCUGCCGCGCGGCAGCUCACCGGCCCGGGAGGCCCAGGUGGAGCAGGUGCUGCAGCGGGUGGCCCACUUCCGCAGGGACAACCGGGCCGCCGCGGUCACCUCGGCCACCUCUGCCGCAGACGCGUCAGCUUCGACCAGCCGGUACGAGCUGCGGCCCGAGUUCUACAGCGAGUUCAACCCCUUCUUCUACCACUACACGCGGGAGGAGCAGUCCAAGGCGGAGGAGGCCCAGCUGAGACGCCGGAAGCAGGCUGGACUGGAGCCGUGCUGUCCGCCGCCCAUUCCCCCGGAGUUUGCCCGCCCCUUUGCCAUGGUCGUCAACCUGCUCCAGUGCGACGUCAUGCUUCGGGUGAUGAACCUGGUGCUAGAGCGUUCAACCAGCCCAAGCACGGGCGCGUUCUCGGAGACCCAGCUGGAGAAGACGUUGCACCUGAUCGGGGUGGCGCUGCACGAGGAGCAGCGGCUGCGGGACAAGGGUCUCUCUAUGGCGGACUCCUUCUUCGCGUUCACCACCCGGGCCACACAGUCGGGGCUGGACGUCGCCCUUGAGAAGUGUGUCGCCUCGCCUCGCACGCCCAGCCAGAAGCCCCUGCUGGAUCACACUCUCCGGCACUUUAAACGGGUCCGUGACGGGCCGUCUGACACCUCUUCGACACCCAUGGAGGUGGAGGAUUCGUCCGGAGCCGGCACCAAGUCUGAAGGGGGCGGAGGCAGCAAUCGCAACGCGGCCGCGGCAGCCGCCCGACGGGCUCGCAUCAUGGCCCAGAUGUCGGCCAUGCAGAAAAACUUCAUCCGCGAGUACUCGGACCUGUUCAAGGAGGCCACCGAGGCGGAGGUGGCAUCGGCCGCGGCCCCUGAGGUGGUGCGGCACACGUGCAUCCUGUGCCGUGAAGACGAGGAGCUGUCGCUGAGCGGACGCACCCUGGUACUCUCCGUCCUCGUGCAGCAAUCCACCGUGCUCUCUAAGGAUCGGUCGCCGCUGCCGCCUCCCCCACAAUGCUCGGGCGGAGAGGACGAGGAUGAGUCAAAGAAGGAGUCUAAUCUCCAGUACGAGGAAGACCCCACCUGUGCCUACGGGGACCUGCACUGUGGUCCCCACGCCAGCACUUGUGGCCACGUCAUGCACGCUCGAUGCUGGCAGAAGUUUUUUGAGUCGGUCGUCACCAAGGAGAGACGGCGGCCAGCCAGGUAUGGCCGGCAUAUCAGCUUCAACGUAGAGAAACGAGAGUUCCUCUGUCCACUGUGCGAGUGCCUGAGCAACGCGGUGGUACCCCUGCUGCCACCGGUAUCUGCGCUUGUGCCCUCAGAGUGCCUUGAAAGGGCUGCCCAGGUUCAGGUCCUUGGCCCAGACCCAGGCUUUGAGGCGUGGCUGCGGGGUGCCCGCCUGGCCCUUGAGAAAGCCACCCUGCUGCGCCGGGAGGGUCCUUCCAGUGAGGACAAGAUGCACCCCCGCCUGCUGCCGCCUCCCCUCAAGGAAGUGCUGGACGCACUUCCGUCCGAAUUAGCCAGCCACCUGUCCCGCCUGUACGCCUGCUACAAGGAGCCCUCGCCCGCUAACGCAAGCGGCGGUGGCAACGGCGCAGAGGCGGCCAGUGGACUGCAGUUCCCCGGCACGCUGUCCGAAAUGCUCAAGCUUUUCUGCCAGGCCUGCUACAUGGUUGGCCUGGACGCGCACCCCAACGUGGACGACGACCGGGUGCCCGCACAGGUGUGGUGGUCGUGUGCCUACACCAUCCACGGGGCCGAGUGGUUGCUACGAGGCAAGCCCCUGCUGGGGGACCUGUCGGCCCGGCGCAGUCACUGCCUCGAGGCCCUCGUCCGCACCGCGGCUGCCUCGCUGCGCGUCUCGCCCCCUGAGGCUGUGGCCAGCCACUGCCUGCGCCUCAUGGGCAGGGUGUUUGCACUCUCCAGACCACCUGGUACAAGUCACAAUUCUAAGGACGUCAGUCCCACAACUCCGUCCCCCACUUCUAAGCCUUCCAUUGACAUGACGAUGACGCAGCAGCAGCAUUCCUAUAGCGAAUCUCCCGACAACCUGGUGACAUCGGUCGAUCGUUUGGAGCGCGGAAUCCUGGGCACGGCAGGCGUGUCGCUCUCUGAACCGAGCUUGCCUCCGUCCGGUGGCCAUCACUCUCAAGACGGCUUCCGGCGGCUCUGUGCUGGACAUAGAUGCGUUUGGACUGAUGGUGGCGUUGUGCCUGUCGGCGCCUUCAUUGUUUGCGAAUGCGGCACCCUUGCCACUAGGGGGUGCCCUGGAUGGUCACGUGCUGCGGCUAGUCCUUGCCCUUCAUCUAGUCCAGCAAUGAAAAGGGUGUAUUGUCUGGUGAUCCUUACGGUUGAGCCGCACGAAGAGAAGAUGGACACGGACUCAUCGUCGCCUGUCGAGGAGCAGAGCAAAUCGGAGUGUAACUCGAGGUUACUGGACUUCUGUAGCGAAGUGCUCACGGCUGCUGGAACGCCACCACAGAAUCCAUCGGCGCUAGGUGCUCCGUUUGUGGAGGCAGUGCACGAGGGCCUCCGGCCGUUCAUGCGGUGCAGCGCCAUUUUCUUGCACUUCCUGAGCAGCCGACCACCUCCCGACGCUCUGUGCGUCGCCGGUGGCGACACCUGGGGAGCGCUGUGCGAGUUUCUCUCGGUGCCGACUGACCUGUCCAGCAUCUUGGAGUCGCCCGUGCUUCGACAGCUGGCCAUAGGGUGGGCAUCACACCCGCGGGUGCGUGUGCAUCUGCGCUAUCCGAGGCUCGUGCGCCACCCAGUGCAGCCCAACCGGCUCGUGGAGCUGCCCAGCGACUUCAGCGAGCUCAUCAACGAGGCAUCCCUCUUCCGCUGCCCAAACUCUGAUGGGGAUGACUCGCGGUCGCCCACCCUGUGCCUCGUUUGCGGCCGCAUUCUCUGCUCGCAGAGCUACUGCUGCCAGGUGGAGAUGGGUGGUGACCGGCUAGGUGCCUGCAAUCUGCAUGCUACUGUUUGUGGCGGGGGAACGGGUCUGUUCCUCCGGGUGCGGGACUGCAAGGUGCUACUUCUGGUGGGGCGUACCAAAGGAUGCUACUUGCCACCCCCGUAUGUCGACGAGUAUGGCGAGACCGAUGCAGGCCUGAUGCGUGGCAACCCGUUGCACCUGUGCCCACGUCGUUACGAGCAGCUGCAACAGCUGUGGCUCUCUCACGGCAUACCCGAGCAGGUGGCACACGCACUGGAGCAGUCGACCGGUCUUUCGUCAACCAACUGGACACUCAUGUAAAGUGGCCAAGGCUGCGGCAACACCCUCUGCCCUUCGUGCCUCAGCUCGUCCCGAAUCGCGCAUACAAGGACGUGUAGUGUGCCUGCGAAUGGGAAGUGGGCCAGCGUGAGGAGGUACGCCACGUCGGAACUUAAUUCCAUCUGCCCGCAAUCGUGCUGCUGCACGGCACCUUGUUCAGUGUGUGGACGGAGGUGGUGAUUUUAUCACGUGCGGCACUUGAAUGUUCAUUGUGUGGCCACGUCAGGUGUACUUGUAUGGCUCAUCCGUGAUGACAUGCACUUGAAUGUCCGGUGCGUUGAGGCGCGGUGGUUUAGUACUCUUGGACGGUCAUUCGGCGGUCAGUGCCCCCAUGUGUCGGUGCUGAAUGAGUGCAGGCCGGAUGCCUGGCGAAAGACCUUGUAAGUCGCAAGCUCAGCGAGAGGUGCAAGGAGCAUCGACCACAGCACUUGAUGUUCCCUUCGUCCGAGUGGUGUGUUUAUAAUAAGACUCGCAAACCAAUAGCUUCUCCUGCCCUCCCCCUCUUUCCUGGGCCUUCCCAACCACGAGACUGAUGUUACGGAAAAUGUAAGCAGGCAUGUGUCUAGUGUGCCUGGCGGGAUAUUUUUAACGUUGUCGGGUCCCCAUUUUUUUUACGUUGUAGAAAUGCGCAUUUUUGUCCAAUCGACGGAAUGGCUACCCGCAAUGCGAAAGAGGCGCACACUGCCCCUGACGUGUGCAGCGCAAGGCUAGGCCCUUGUGCUGUUAAGGAAAAGGGGCACAGCUUUGCCCACAGUCGCGUUUCUCAUGUGGACGAUAAAGCGCACUUUCGCAAAUCUGAGCGAUCCAAGGGAGAAAGCUUUUACUGGCAGUGGUGCCUGCACUUAGUUAGCCAAGGAUGCUCAAGUGUUGACUUUUUUUUGACAAGUCUCGAGAGCCUCGCUGUCCAGGGAGGUCUAUGAAACUAACGAGUUUAGGCUAUUUCUGGCAUGACAUCGUGGCACCAGUUUGAAUGUGCCGAGUAUGGAGUUUGAGUAUGCUGAGUAGUACAGAGUGUUGCUGCAAGCUGCCGUGUGUCAGCCACGAGUUUGAACUCUCUGAACAGGAGAGUUGAUUUGUGCUUGCGCCAACGGGAGCUUGCCUCUAGUUUUCUUUUCUUGUGCUGCUUGGCAGUGACUGGAGGCAGCAGCUUAUGAAUGGGCAUCUGGUAGCGCAAAUGAGUCGCAGCAGAGGUAAAAGGCCAUGUGAGAGAAUUCACUUUGAACGCAUUUUCAGGGAAUGAUCUGGAAGAUGUGUUGUGUCACUUAUUUUAGUGGCUGCAGGUUAGCUUCGCUAAUGGAAUUUAAGGUGUCCUAGAAUGUGUCUUUUUUUCAUAUUGGGUCUGAUAGUUGGCCAAGAAUGGACGUUAGAGCAACCAGGGUCUGUAGUUUGCAUCUUUGCGUUAAUCUUUAUUUCUGCCGGCAGGCAAGCUGAUGUAUACUUCCCGUAUUCUCGAGAUUCGUAACAUUGACCAAUUGCUUAUAGAGUGCAGUAUUCCAGUGGUGUAUCCAUUAGUAGUUCGGUUGCAUCGAUUUAAUUUCAGUGGGAGUCAAUGACUUGUAGGGAGUUUUUGAGCAAUUCACUGUUAUCGCAGUCAUCUAAAUAUGGCAGGCAAAUAUCAAUCGUCACACCUUUGUUGUAUGAUUUGGCGGAAACGUUAUAGCUUUUAGAGUGCUGUUUUAUAGCCAAUCCUCCACUGCAUUAAAUUUCGUGUCUCAUUGAUUAACGUCAAGGGCGCAAUGACCAUACUACAGACUAAACUUCGUGAUGAUAUCGGAUAUGCAAAAUAUUUGCUUACUACGCAUGCGGUUAAAACGCACUGCAAGGCAGGUAUGGCACAUAGCAGUUUACCGAUGUGCCAUGUAGUAUCCUUAGCAUCUGCACGUAUUGAUGUGUGGUACAUAGAAAUGAUCUGUAAUGUGUGUCCAGACUCGCAUAUUUGUGCUGGUUGAAGUAGUGUGGCGCACUUAUGUAAUAAGUUUUCUAAUUUGCUCAAAUGGAUGCUUGUUUUAAGUUUGUUUUGAGGAUGUACUAUACAUAUUUUUAAGUAUUUUCGAACUUAAAGGUUUACGAGUGAUUUUUAUCAUGCCAAGACAAACUGCCGGUGCUCACAAUCUGUGCAAUCCCUUUUGAUUUUGAUCUUAAAUGCUCAAGUUUACUUUUUUGUUACAGAGAUUUGGGAUAAUUAGUAAUUGGGGAGCGUAAAAAAAAUAGGGACUUGGAGAAUGCUAGGAGGGAGUUUCAUGCUGAGGUAGGAGAAUGCUAACUACCGGUCACUCAAAAGAAUGCGAGUGGAGUACGGGACUUUGUCUGUCUGACUGAAUUAUUUCUGUAUCUUCUUAUGGCUGAAAACAGUGAAAAGAAAGCACAAAACUACGUGGCAGGAGCACAACUGAAUUUAGUAUUUCUAAGGAAUGCAAUCCCACUGGGGGAAACUAUUUGCAGGCUAUCCAUUUCAGACUGUUUUUUGCCUUUUCUCUCUUUUUCUUAAUACGUGAAAGUGCAGAAUCGGGUAUACGAAAGCUUUUUGCAGGCUUGCUCUAAUAAGGGAUCUUAUGAAUUGUUUGAAACAUUGACAUGGCAGAACAGAUCUCUCGAAUGCAUACGCUUUUACCCUGCAACGCGAAAUUUCGUUUCGCAUCGCUUAGUUUAGGCUUUGCCCAAGAAUGAUCGGUUUAAACAAGCAUUUCAGCAGUGCUUUAAAAGGCCUUUGCGCAAGUUUGUCUGCAGUCUAAAAUGCUGCUCCUUCAUUUCCAGGCGGUUGACUUCCUAUUCUUUCCACGUGUUAUGUUGAAAAAGCGACACGUUUCCAGCUUCUGUGCUCUAACGCUGUGCCCACCAAAAAAAUCAUUGGCUUAAGUACUGUGAUUCUUUACAAGAGGGUUCCAUUACUGAGACACAAGUUCAGAGAGCGUAUCCUAUUCGUAAUGGAUCCCAAAUUUUUAUCAUAUUCAUAUGAAUACUCAGGCAGCUGCUGAUGUAAGCUUGCAUUUCUGGUAUGUGAGGAGCUUUCAGAGUCAGGUUGAUAUUGGAAGUCACAACAUACAUUUCUUUCAGAAGGCCCACUCGCUCACCUUACUUGAAUAGCUGCGGUCCAUUUUCCUCAAUGCCACUUUCGAGAUGUCAGACGACUCCCAUAUAGAUAGAGACAGUGUUCAUAUCAAAGGGUUCUUUCCUCAUCACUGUUCAAACUUCUGCCAGAGCUGCGAAUUCUCCAGAAUAUGCAUAUGAGAGGGAGGCUUUGUGGGUGUUCAGAAAACAUAGGCUGCUGUGGACAGGCUUGAGGGGGGCGGAGGAGGAGGGUGCAGGAGGUGGCUCAUUUUCUAAAUUCUUUGCGUGCCUUGCGGGAGGUUGGGCCACACUUCGCCGUCAACGUGCGUUCUUGUGAUCACCGUUUGUGAGGAUGCUACUUGUGUUUUUUUCUGUGUCCGAGACGAUGCGAGUGACAAAUUUGGUUGCAUUUAAUAAAAGAAUGCUAUGUUUGGGACUGUUCUUUCUUUA